AUGACAGUGAUUGCUGAUAGACUCCAUUUCAUGGAAAAUUCGCCUCCUCUUGUUGAUCUCGGAAACUUCAAAUCCCUUGUUGCCGAGAACUUCAUUUUUCGCGCUCAGCUUGUUCAUUUGCAAAAUCGACCGGACAUCGCUGAUCUCCUUUACUCACACGUGCCUCCAACUUACACCAUCAACGACCCUGAGUAUGUUGUCCAGGUUUGUUACAAUAUUGCGUGUGAUGCACUUGAGUCAUCCCAGAUUGAGCUUGCAAUUACUUGGUAUGAAAGAGCUGCAAUUCGCACUGAUGAGUGCAAUAUGCACGGACAGCCCAGAAAACAUGGCUUCGAUAACUUGGAGCUCCUUGUUAGGCAUUCUCUGGUACGCGCCUACUUGUCCGUGGGCACACCCGACGCGAAGCACAGGCUAGCAGUGCAGCUUCAUAUCCUCAAGGAGAAAUUCGGGGCCAAUCCUGCUGUCGUUUUUCUCCAGUUAGAGGUCAUCCGCCCUUCAAACAAUGAAGAGAUCGCUGAAUUCUUCAAAGUACUUGGAUGGGUCUUCACUGGGUUAGAUUACACCGAACAAAGCUUUGAAUUAGGCCUUCACUAUCUCAAGUACGGAGAAAGUAUCAGUGACGAUCAUGCUUUGCAGACGUACCAGCAAUUACUGUUCACAGUGCCACUCGACCGAACAGAUUGGAUCGAGCGAGCCUUUAUCGCACUCACUGACCUGGCACUCGUUAUCUCUCUCUCGGAGGCAACAAAGAUGCAGAUUAUUCUGGACGCGGCGACAAUUUUAAACAAACGGGGCUUUGAGAUGCUUAGCGAAGCAGCUGUUCAUGUCGUGUUUGCGUACAUCUGGAAGCACCUCAGGUCUGGAUUUGAGGACCGUUGUCCUGAGGCGCAGCGAUGGUGCCUUUUCGCUCUCAACACAGAGUUUUUCGCGUCCUGUUCCCUGACAAACCAGAUUCAAGUUACAAAGAAAUUUGUGACAUUUUCCUUGGACUGCAAUGAUCUUAGCGCGGCGGCAGAAGGCUUGAAGCUAAUCCCUCUGCAUAGUAUCAUUGAUACUCAGGGUAAACUCAGGAACGAAUUUCAGAUUUUGUUUUUGCAGUACAGAUUUGCGCUACAGGACUGCAAGAAUGACGAACCAAAUUGUAUCUGCCAUCAGCUCAUUCAAAAAUACCCUCCAGCUGGCCACCCACAAAAGCUGCAGUUCAUUCAAGUCUGCAUUAUGGAAGCACAGCGCCUUGACAAGUCCGCGGAGGUGUUGAAGGGCAUUCAUGAGUUCCUCGAAGAAGCAAAGGGCGUGACUUAUCCUGAAACUUCUGGCGUUGAAAUACUGCCAAGGGAGGAAAUGCUCUUCCUGAUUUACGUCCUGUCAAAUGAAGUGGACAAAGGAAACAUCGGAGUUCGUAUUGUGGAAUUGAUGGCAAGUCACAUUACAUUGGCUGCGUUUGUGAUGCGACACUCAGCUUAUGAGGAUUAUGAAGACAGCGAGCGUAAAUGGAUCCUCGAAAAGUGCUAUGCACUAGUCUGCAUUUUGUUAGAAAAUUCCCGACUUGACAUGACGGAGCCGCUCUUGCAUACUCUGAAAGAACUCAUUCCAUUCUUCCAAGACCGGGAACAAUUAGAAGCGGAAAAGAUGGUACUUGACGUGAUCGCUCCACGCUACCCUCUUCUCGUCUUGAUCAGAGACGUUUGUCGUGCUCGCCACAUGGAGCAUUCCGCAGUGAACAAUUCGCGUCUCUGGGAAAAGGUCAGGAAUGGCCUACUUGAUCUCCGGAACAGUCGUGUCUUCCCCGAGCUGGACAACAAAUUCGAAGGCCUCCUAUGGGGUCUCUGCUUUGAAGCCUGCCUCUGUCAGCAGGAAUGGGACAUGGCUCUGUGGGCUUUCCACAACUCCAAGCAAUGUGAUGACGGGCACUUGAGAAGUCAAUACAUGGAGGCCAUUCUUGCCAAGAAAAUGCCCCCGAAGCACAAGAUCUGGGUUGUUAGGGAAAUUGUCAGCCAGCUCUACAGCGGGAAUGAUUUCGAGUUCUCUGUCCCCUCGCCUGCCCUCACCGACUUCCCGAUUUACCUGCAAAUCCUCUUCCGCCUCUGUAUCACAGCGCAGGAUGACACGGAAACAAUCCCUUGGGAACUGGAGUUCUACGACGAUGACAACCUCGAGAAUAUCUGGGGCAAAGCAGGCUCGCACCAAAUGAGUUAUCUCCAAAUUGCGGAAUCGGUCCUCGACCAGGUUAUUGCUAUUUCCUAUGAUCAGGAAGAGAUGGACAGUCCAGACCACAUGCAGAAGCACCAGCACCUGGAGCUCAAGACCGGAAAAAUUCUCCAUUCAAAGUGUGAGCAUUAUGCAUACCCACCUGAGCAACUUGAAGCGCUUGCUAUGCUUUCGUUCAAUCGGGCCAUGGAUUUCUACGCGGAGGGAAAGGACGAGAUUUCCCAGUCGUGGACCAAAAAGUCGAUUCAACUGGCUCGCUUAAUGGGCAAUGAUGAGGGCAAGCAGCUGGUUGACCUAUUUGAGGAACGGGUACGGGGUCUGUGA